AUGACCAUGGUCGAGCCGGCGCUUGCACUUGCCACGCAGGACAUUGAGGACAGCAAUCUUCUGUCAGGUUACAGGUUGAAUGUGAUGUUAGCGGACACGAAGUGUACGGACAGAGAUGCGACUUUUGCCACUGUGGCGUCAUUGUCGACGGGUGUCGAGAAACACUUGGUACUCGGUGAUUCGUGUAGUUCCGCAUGCGAAGCUAUCAAUGAUGCAGCUGCCUUCUUCAACGUAUUGCAGGUAGGUCCUGGCUGUACUUCCACAAGCCUGAGUGAUUUUGAGCGGUACCCCUACUUCACGCGCAUGGCGCCGUCGUAUCGUUUCAACAUUUUGGCUGUAUACGAGUUCAUGAAACUGAUGAAUUUUCAGAGAGUUGGCAUUGUGCACGGGUUCAACUCCAUCAACAUUCUUGCAAAAGACGCGUUCUUGGAAUUAGUUGCUGCUGAUGUGGCUGCUGGGACGUUUUCGUGGGCAGUGUUGCAUACUAGCUCAAUAUCUAGCGCCGGGAACAUCCCUGAUGCACAAAAUGCAUUGGCAGAGAUUUAUCGUACUGAUUCGCGCAUCAAUUUCGUCGCGUUGUACGCAGACACCGGAUCCAUGUUGUUGUGCCAGAGCUACAAGCGCAACAUGCUAUCUCCGGACUAUGUAUUCAUCGUGGCAUCAGGUUGGUGGAACCCGGGCUUUAUUUCGGAGAGGGCCGGUCAACCUGAUUGCCCAUGUACAGCGCAGGAGCUGCAUCGCGCGGCAUAUGGCAUGCUCGCGCUGGAUCGGGGCCCCAUGCUACAAACCAGCGACGUGCAUAGUUUGUCUGGACGUCGCCUUGCCGACCUGCACGCGAACUACACUGCAGAAUGCAAUAGCUUCGCAAAUGGCAACGGGCCCUGUAACCAUCAGUGGGCAGGAUAUUUCUAUGAUGGCUUGUGGUUGAUCGCGCAUAUCCUGCACAAGUUCCUGGUGGAUCAAGGAAGGUCCAUCUCAGAUGUGCGGACACAAGCUUCCCGCCAAGUCUUGUACGACAUGUCCCUGUCCGCAGACUUCAUGGGCCUAACUGGAAGGGUUCGGCAGUUCAACUCGGUGAGUCCGAGAACAUCGCCACCUUCCCAUGGAGAUCGCGAGGGCAUCAUCCUCUUCCGCCAGGUAGUUGGAACUGCUGACAAUGCCUUCAAUGAGCUUGCCUACCGCACCGAUGCUGGGAUCGAGUUCAAGAAUGACAUUGCUUGGGGUCCUGAUGCAACCCACCGCCUCUCCUGUAGUACUGGGGUCUGUAAUUUAGCCUCUGGGCUUGUGCCCAAAGACCGUGGAGACAGCUGCCCCGAUGGCUCAGUGUUCGUAGUGGAGCUGGGAUGUGACGAAUGCCCAGCAGGAUUGUAUGCCCAGGGGGGACGGCAAGAAUGCGCUGAGUGUGCUCCGGGCUACUUUGCAGCUCAACCUGGAACGGCAACUUGCACCAGAUGCCCUCCUGGCAAGAAAGCGCCCUUCCCUCGAUCAACAGAAUGUCAAGACUGUCCGGCAGGCCAGUACAUGGAUGCGCAGGGCGCUUCCGAGUGCAAGAAGUGCCCAGUCGGUCGCUACUCAGAUCGCGUGGGCCAGCAACAAUGCACGAUGUGUCCCGCCGGGCAGACCACGAAUUUUGAGGGCGCGGCGGAGCUUUCAAUGUGUAAUUGCGAUGGCUUCUAUUACCAACAGCACUGCAUCAAGUGCGCCUUCGGAACACGCUUUCAAGAUGGUGUGUGUGUGAAGUGUGUUCGAACUCUGGUGUGUGAGAAUGGUGUGGUUGUAGGCAAUGCCACCUCAGAUGCAGAAUGGGGCGCUACUAUUGAUGUAGCAGGCCGACAGCGAACGCUGUCCCAGAUGAUGACAAAUGAAUUCCUAAUGAUGGCUUUGAACAUAGACACGGAGAAGCACAAGCAGGCGAUGCUCGCUGCCAUGGAUCUCUUUGAAAAAACUCUCACGGACAUGCUCGUGGGAAAUAGUGAUCUGCAGAUUAUUCCAGCACCCACAGAUGACGUGAAGAGCACCAUCGAGACAAGUCUAAGGGACAAGAAGGACUCAAUGUACGCCCUACUAAGAGGAAACAUGGAUAGGGCUGCAGAGGCUGCUGAAUCUGUCCUUACCUCCUUGUACAUCCAGAACAAGGAGCUCUUUGACUUGUCGGACGAGGUUGUAGGUUUACUCGUCGAUGCAGCGCAGGCAGCGGGAGCUCAGCUCAAUGGCUUGCUAGCCAAUACCGCUGGCCGACAGCGGUCGUUGAUUCAGAAGAUGUUGAAAAAUGUUCUUUUCAUUGCCAAGCGUAUUGAUGUGGAGUCCAAUGUGGGGGAGCUGCGAAGCAAUCUUGAUGUGUUUGAGGCUAGCCACACUGCCAUUCUGAGAGGUGCAAAUUGGGCAGGCGUACCUCAGCUCACGAGUAUGUGUACCAUCCAUCAGAUGAAGGCAGUCACGUACUACUAUGAGGAGGUUCGCCAAUUGGCGCGGAAUGUGUUCAAUGCGCAGUCGCAAGAGGAAAGCAUCAACACUGCUCUACGCGUUGCACGGAAUAUGUCUGGUUACGUUGACCCUCUGGCAGUUGCCAUGAGCAAGGCGGUGAAGCUCUAUGUCAAUGAUCCUGGUUUGUGCGACCCUCUGGCCACGAUCACAGACAGUGAGUGGUCAAAGAUGAUUGAUGGGCUCUCCGAUCAACGCAUUACCAGCCAAUUGAUUGCCCGACUGUACAUGCAGAUCGCUAAUGCCGUCAUGGUUGAACAAAGCAAGGUGGAUCUUGCAGUAGAAGUCACCAGCAACACGCAGAAACUUACGGACCUAUUGGAGGGCAGCGAAGCAACUGGCAUGCCGGCACCACCCACGCAGGAGAUGGUCGAUGGCUUUGUUGCCGUGGCCAAAGAGUGGUCCAUGAUGUCAGCAGUAUUCAAUGAAGCCAUCAGUCUGGACGUCAUUCCACCGGUGGAUGUGGCCCGGAUUGCCGUCCUGACGCAGACAUACCAAAGCGAGAUGUACCAGUUGCUCACAGAAGUGGAGCAGGCGGCUCUAGAAGCUGGCAGCCAGCGUCCUUUGCUUCUCCUCGACGUGACUUCAAAGCAGAUGGUCCGCCUUCAGGAGAUCCCCAGGGACGCAGCUCUGAUCGCUUAUGGCUAUGAGGCUUCCGCGACGUGGGGUAGGCUCAACUACUCCGCAAAGGAGUUUCACACUUCGCACAUCGAGCUAAUGCUGGGCCUGCCUGCACAUGACGGAGCAGCUGGUUUGGAGAGCAUGUCCUUGAAGCGUGUCACCAACAUCUGUCUCAUCCGCAGUAUGCGCAAGGUGGAGGAUGAGUUCACCGAGUUGGAAUUGGCUGCCUACAGGGUGGCUGGCGGUCAGUCUGAGGCCUUCCCCGACAUGGACCGCUUCGCCACGGCAGCGAGUGGAGACAUGAGACUAGCCGCCCAGCAGCUGGAGACUUACUACGAUGGCAAGAAUUUGACCUGCAAUGAUGUGUCCUUGACAUCAGCUGACUGGGAGCGGCUCAUGGAAGAGGCUCAUGGCUUGUGCUCACUGGUGUACAAGGUUGUCGGUGAAUUUGUCCUACAAGACCAGGGGGAGAUCUUGCCGGACAUCCUGCAAGCAACGGUGAAGGAAGUGCAGGACAGCUUUAACAGCCUCAUGCUGGGCAGGUCUACUCCUCAUCUCGUUUCACAGCCCACCCAGGCCUUGUAUCAAGAAAUCCGUAGCUUGGACAUACUGGUCCAUGACUUCCUGGAUGCCAUUGCAGCACAAAACCCCUCUGGUCUCUCCGGCUUGGCAGGCUCAGUCUGUCGUGCUACGGAUGAGCUUGGAAAGAAAUAUUUGAUGGGAGGUCUCGCGGCUGAUCCCAACUGGCCUGGCCAAAGAGUGCAAGUCCUCUUCAAGCAGAUGGAACGCGUGAAUGAGGUCUUCAGCUCCAUGGUUCGAAACGAGGCCUCAGCCAUGUGGGCUGCCAUAAAUCAGUUUGAGGCAUCGCACGCAAACCUCCUCUCUGGGGGCUCUGGCUUGACGGAGAUCUUGCCUGAGCGGCAAGACAUGAAAAGUAGCUGGGAUAGCAUAAACAUGGCCUGGCCAGACUACAAGGAGGCCGUGACCACAGGUCAGAGCACAGGGCAGAUCUCAAUGACCAUGGGCAACAUGCAGACACAUCUCCGGGCUGCUGUUCCAGUCUUCAGCGCUCCUGACGUGUUCGCGACACCCACCUCUCCAUGGAUCUUCGUGGCCACAUAUGGAACGAUGGCUCUCAUCUUGCUUUGCUGCUCUGCCUUGGGCUGCUAUAUGUACCGCUCCGCAAACCGCGGCAAGGGCGGGUCGGAUCCCCUGGCCUCGCAGGCGUAG